AUGGUAAUGAAACUCCCACAAGACAAGUUGGCCAAUCUUCAACAUACCAUCCAAACUUGUUUGUCUAGCAAAAAGAUCACCCUUCAAUCCCUACAAUCCCUCAUUGGCCUGCUUAAUUUUGCAUGUAAAGUAGUGGCACCUGGGAGAGCAUUCUGCAGGAGGCUAAUCGAUGCAACCAUAGGCAUCCGGAAGCCGCAUCAUAAGUUAAGAGUUACUCUAGAAAUGAAAGCCGACUUGCUAGUUUGGUUGAAAUUCCUACAAAAUUACAAUGGAGUCACUGUAAUAUCAAACAACAUAUGGACAUCAGAUACCUUCUUGCAGCUAUUUACUGACAGCGCUGGGGGGCAAAAUGGGGGGUUCGGAAUCUUUUUCUCUGGGAGUUGGGCUUACUCAAAAUGGCCACAAGAUUGGGUGCAAUCUGAAAUCAUCCGAGGUAUGACAUUUUUGGAAUUGUUCCCAGUAUAUGUUGCAGUUCUGAUCUGGCACGAGUCUCUAGCAAACAAGUGUAUAUUAUUCCACAUAGAUAAUAUGGCCGUGGUACAGGUUUUGAACAACUCCACAUCCAAAUCUAACAAAGUAAUGAAAAUUGUCCGAGAAUUGGUCCUUAUUACUCUACAGUACAAUAUCACAAUAAAAGCACAGCAUAUUCCAACUAAACAAAACUCUAUAGCAGACUGUAUUUCUCGUUCACAGUGGACAAAAUUCCACCAGCUGGCACCGGACGCAGAACAGUGGCCCACACAACUUCCACCCCAGAUAUGGAAUAUCUGGUCGCCGAAUCAGAGCGAUUAA